CAAAGCUGCGCUGCGUUUUAUUCUCGCUCGGGUGAGUGUUUGUGUGGGUCUGUUAGCGGGGAGUAAUCUAAUAAAGUUUUGUGGAAGUAACUAUAUCGUGCUCGUCUGAUCUCACUCUCGCACAUGAGGGAGGUCGUUCGCUGGUGAAGGUAAAGGACAGAAUAAUGGCAGGCCAAGUCCGAAGCUUACGUUUACGGUGGAUGCUGUACCGAGCCGUGGCUGCGACCGUAGCACCACCGAUUCAGUGUCCAUUUAGAGCGCAAAGUGAUUACACCGAACCGGGAGGAUGGCAUCACCAGCAACGGCGACCGAUUACUCGCUCGAGAAGCGUCCGGCAAGCUACGAACCGUACGAGUUUACGCUGCCCGAGCUGUACCGUAAAAUAGCGAAGGACGAGCUCCGGGAAGACGACGAAAUCCGUGAGCAAUCGUUGGCCCAGAUGCGUGACUGGAUCGCCAAACAUCCGUACAUCCGGAAGUGUCGUACGGAUGCGUCGUUUCUGUUGCGAUUCCUGCGCUUCCGGAAGUACUCGGUCCCGAUGGCUUGCGAAGCGCUGGAACGUUACCUGGCGAUGCGUGAAACGUUUCCCACCUGGUUCAAGCGGCUGGACUGCAACGAACCGAUGAUGCGCGAACUGCUCGAGGACGGUGUGUUUGCGAAGCUCGGACAGGAUGCGAACGGCCGGACGGUGAUAAUGUUUCGCGUGAAGCUGCUGAACGUGGACAGGUUCGGUCCGCUCGAGCAGGGUCGGUUGGUGGCGCUACUGAUCGAAUCGCUGCUCGAGUGGGAAGAGCUACAGAUCGGUGGAUUUCGGGUGCUGCUUGACUUUACCGAUACCGUCAUGAAGCACUACGGUAUGUGGGGUGUCACGGAUAUGAAGAUCUUCAUGGAUGCGAUCAACCGAUCGUACCCGAUUCGGUUCCGGGAGAUUAAUGGCGCCAAGUUUCCAAAGUUUGCCGUCUCGAUCCUGAAUCUGCUGCUAACGUUUGCGAGCCCCAAGCUGAAGGAGCGGAUCGUUUGUCACAAUACCGUGCUGGAGAUGAAGGGAAAGUUUGAAUCGAAGCUGGUGCCCAAGGUGUACGGUGGAGAACUCGAUACGGAUGAUAUGAGCCGGAAGUUUCUCAAACAUCUCGAGGAUCGUCGCAGCGUGAUACUGGCGCUGGACGAGAUGGAAAUCGAUGUGGCACACUAUUCAUCGCUCUGGCAUCAGUCCAAUCUGGUAGAGAAUGAGGUCGACGGUGGGGUGGCCGGCAGUUUUCGUAAGCUUAAUGUUGAUUAAGUAAAGCUAAGAUUUUUCAAUAAAUAUAACCGUAAUUUUCUAAUAA